AUGCAAAGCGCGACUUCUGAUCUGAUAUAUCCAGCUGCCGCCGGCUCGGAAUCCCAAAGCAAGUCGACCGGUAUAUGGGUCCUGCAGAAUAUCCUACCUGAGCAGUACCGCAUACCAAACAUCAUCGGCCCCUCGCGACCAUUAGCAGCCGACUCAGACGAGAUAAACCGAGAAGAUUCAUACGUCGGGCUGUACACCAUGGCCAUCGCCCUCAUUGUCAUAUCUGGCGGUAUGAUCCCAGAAGGCAAGCUAGACCGCGCUCUCAGGCGCAUGAACGCAGACCAGACGACACCUGUCGGUACCAAAGACAAGACGCUUGCGAUUAUGGCCAAAGACGGGUAUAUUGUCAAGAUCAGGGAGACGCCUGCCGGGGGCGAGGAGACAGUAGACUACAUUGUCGGGCCUCGCGGCAAGGUCGAGGUAGGACGGGAGGGCGUCGCGCAAUUUAUACGGAUGAUGUUUGGGGAGAGUGAGGACGUGGAGGAACUCGAGAAGAAGUUGCAGCGGACGCUGCAGGUGGCGGACGCCCUCAGUGACAGUGCGUCGGUCGAGGCGACUCAAGGUGCAUCGCAGGCGGCAGGGCGCAAGCGCGGGCGGCCGGGGAACGACGACGAUGAAUAG